AUAUUUUUUUUGACAGAUAAGAUGGUAGGGCUAUCUGUUGGAGAAAAGAACUUUAUUAAGGGUGGUAUUGCUCAGGAUCUGCGCAAUGAUGGUAGAAAACGGCUAACUUAUCGACCUAUAUAUGUUGAAACAGGUGUUAUUCCUCAGGCAAAUGGAUCUGCAAGAGUCAAGUUGGGUGCAACUGAUGUUAUUGCCAGUGUCAAGGCAGAACUUGGAAGACCAAGUGCAUCUCAUCCGGACCAAGGAAAGGUUUCGAUUUUCGUUGAGUGCAGUCCCACCGCAGAGCCAUCAUUUGAGGGCAGAGGAGGUGAGGAAUUGUCUGCAGAUCUCUCGACAGCACUUGAGCGGUGUCUUUUGGGCGGUAAAAGUGGAGCAGGGGCUGGAAUCGAUCCAGCGUCUCUCUCGAUCAAAGAAGGAAAAGUAUGCUGGGAUCUGUAUGUCGAUUGCCUUGUCAUUAGCUCUGACGGAAAUCUACUGGACGCGCUAGGUGCUGCCAUCAAGGCAGCACUGAGCAAUACAGGUAUUCCAAGAGUUCAGGUUCGCGAAGCUGCCUCAUCCGAUGAGCAGGCAGAUGUGGAUGUUAGUGAUGAAGAGUUUCUGCAAUUUGACACCAGUGGAGUACCUGUCAUAGUUACUUUGACAAAGGUUGGGAGGCACUACAUUGUCGAUGCAAAUUCAGAAGAGGAAUCCCUAAUGAGCUCAGCUGUUUCUAUUUCUGUUAAUAGACAAGGAAUAAUAUGUGGGUUGACCAAACGAGGAGGUGCAGGGUUAGACCCUAGCGUCAUACUUGACAUGAUAUCCGUUGCAAAACAUGUAAGCGAGCAGCUAAUAAACAAACUUGAUUCGGAGAUCGAAGCUGCUGAAAAAGCAAAUGAAGAGGAAGCAUGAAGGAUUACCUAUAUAUAGUAGUUCAACCUCACUAAUAUUUUUCGGCUAACUGCAAAUAGACUUCUUGAAUGCUUUGUAGGGGUGAAGUCAAACUUCUGUUAUAUUGAUUUUGUAGUGGUGUUCAUGUGAUCAUUUGUAAGAGUUAGAUUUUUAGGACCUUCAGAGAGUACAUGAAGUCUGCAAUUUAGUUGUUUGAGCACUUUGGAGUCUAUUGUUUUGUUGAUCAGGGGUGGAUGCUUAUAUACUGUAUUGUUUAAAAAUGAUCUUGUCUUUAUUACUAUUGUUUAAAAAUGAUCUUCAAGAUUUUUUUUUCUCUUUUAAUUUACAGAUGUUUCUCUUUGA